UAGAGACACCGUGGAGGAGAAGCCGGGGACAGCAGAUGAGCGGCAGGAGGCGGACACCGAGUCAUCCAGGACAAUCUCACGGGGGGGUGGGAUGCGUUUGAUCGGCCGGCUCGUGUGCUGAGGGACACCGCAGAGCUCAGCCUGAAGAUCUGCAUCUUUUUACUUUAGACAUAAAUCCUGUGUGAAGACGAGAGGAGGAAGGAUGGUGACCUCGGAAACCCCAGAGGCUCCCGUUCCUCUAACAGCGCUGUCACGCUGGUACCUGUAUGCCAUCCACGGCUACUUCUGUGAGGUGAUGUUCACAGCGGCCUGGGAAUUUGUAGUCAACUGCAACUGGAAGUUCCCUGGUGUGACCAGUGUAUGGGCGCUCUUCAUCUACGGCACCUGCAUCCUCAUCGUGGAGCAGAUGUACCUGAAGCUGCGUGGCCGCUGCCCCGUGUUGCUGCGCUGCAUCAUCUAUACGUUAUGGACGUAUCUGUGGGAGUUUGGUACGGGGCUGCUGCUGCGCCAGUUCAACGCCUGCCCCUGGGACUACUCUGAGUUCCGCUACAACUUUAUGGGACUGAUCACGGCCGAGUAUGCUGUGCCCUGGUUCUGCGCAUCCUUCAUCGUGGAGCGCCUUGUCAUCCGCAAAACACUGCGACUGCGUUUCCACGAAGGGCCCGAGGAUGGUUGGUCAAACCAUCGAUCAGAUGCAGGGGGAGGACGAGGGCCUGGAGGAACUGUAAGGGGUGGAAGGAGAAGAGAGAGGAGCGGGAUGAUGGAAAAUAAUGCUAAUGGCUACCUUAAAGGAGAAUGAAUCAAGGAAUUACUAGAAGGACACAAUUCAAACCAGCCCAAUCCAAUCCCUUCUUUUCAUAGGCAGUCAUCCCCCUCAGCUGUAUGGGGUGAACAGACAGCUGUGUAGACUGGGCUGGUGUGCAGAGAUGUAAAGAGUAUCACAACAGUCAGAUAACAAACGCCUAACUGGGGCUUUAAAUGCCCAAAUCACACACCGUUAACACAGUGGCACAGUUAUGCUGUGCUGCUGUGUUUGCUGCAUUUCAUAACGCACCACCCAUUUCCAUGUGGGCUUGACCCUAAAGGAGAUCAGGGUUUUGAAUGACCAACUCUCUCCUGUCCCACAGACUUUGGGUAAAAGAAAAGAGAAAAAAAAACAAACAAACAAAAACUACUGUUGCAAAGAAUAUGUAUGAUUUUCCUGUGAAGGAAUUAAUUCAAGAACAAAUGCAUUAUUAAUGUUUUUCAGGGGCACAUCAGUCUAUAUUAAAGGAGAAUGCUUGCUGACUAGAAAUCAUAAUAAAAAGUAGCUCGAUUGUGAAAUGUCCUUUUUAAAAUGUACAUAUUGUCCUUUAGUAUUAUUCAAAGUACUGUAGUAAUGUAGCUACAAAAGGAUUCUUAAAGGUGCUGUACACAAGUAUUUUAUUUUGAAAGGUCAGUCAGGGUUAAACAUGAAGAGUUCCUGUGUGUGAGGACCUUUGCAUGGCCUGCUGGUAUUGAUACACAACAUAGGGCUUGCCAGAGUAAGCUGGUUGGCAGUGACUGAACUUUCAAAAUAAAACACUUUUACGCAGCACCUCUGAGAGCAUACUGUUCACCCAGGAAGCAAUGCGCCAUGUGUCUGCUUAUGUCAUGAAGAAUGUUUUUCUGCAAUUAGUGAACACCCACAAUGCCUGGAAAAAAAAAAUGCAUGAAAAGAAAUUGUCUUCCAAUAUAAUGUGACAUUUUUACGGAGCUCAUUCAGCAGCCAUACUGUGUGUCUCCAGAAUCAGUCUGCUGCUUGUGUGUAAAUGAUAGUAGCUCAGAAGGUCGAGCUGGUCUGCCAGCCAUCAGGGUUGAUUGCCUGUUGUCUCCUGACUGCAUGAUGAAGUGUCCUUGAGCGAGACAUCAAACCCCAAACUGCUCCCGGUGAGCAGGUCAUGGCCUUGCAUGGCAGUUUCUCCGCCAUCGUGUGUGACUGUGUGUGUGUGUGUGUGUGUGUGUGUGUGUGUGUGUGUGUGUGUGUGUGUGUGUGUGUAAGCUUAUAUGAUGGCGUUAAGUAAAUGCAGUCCAUUUUCAGUAACAUCAGGGACGCCUUUCUGCUGUCAUGGUUAUGAGUCAUGACCAUCAGCAUAAAGCACAAAGCCUCUUGGUAAUGUCCUUUUUUUUUUUUUUUUGCAGCUGUUCAAAAACAUGCUCACGGCUCACUGUCUGCAUUUUGUUAGCUUUAAUGUUGUCAAGGUUAUACAUGCCACAUCAUUAAUUGCCAUUCACUGGAACACAAUUGUCAUUCCUGUCAAAUCAGAGUUCACACACGGGACGUGAGGAAGAAGUGAUUCUGCGAAAGGAAAAUCUCAUGGAUGGACACUGAAGGAGAAGCUUUGAUUUCCAACAAUAAGCUUCACAUUCAUUUUGUCCACUUUUUUUUUUUCAUCCAACUAUGGUCUUUAGGUUUCUAUUUUUGCCCUUACAGUUUCAUUCAAUGAAUUAGUGAGGGCGAGGAAGUGCACCACAGAAUUUCUUAAUAAUUUACUGAAGAAAUACUUGCAUUUCAGCCACAAAUGAGUGUUUGCUCAUUUCUUUCAUAAAUUAUUGAUGUGUAAUUUGACCUCUUUGGUAUGAAAGGAUAAAACUAGUUUAAAAUGCUCAAAACUCUCAUGUAUUACAGGCAACCCACACAGAAUAAUGCUCGCUCUACAGGCAGAAUGAUCAAGAAAUACAUACACUUGCCUCCAUAUGCAGGAAAUGAUGGCAGUCUUCAUAUGUGGUGCUAAUGGUUUAAGUGUAAAAGGAGGCAAGACACUUUGAUUUCAAGGUGGUAGAGGACUGGUAUCACACGUGAAAUGGGAAUGUGAUUCCUGAAAAGAAUAUGUUCUCCAGGAAGAACACACUGUGCUAACAAUAGAUAAACUCAGACUCUGAGCAGUUAUUAGAAACCCAUGGACUUUGCAAAACGAUGACCUUUACCAGUGUGGCAGCACUGAAAUGCAGUGGCUUCCCUUCGCCGUCUCCCAAAGGUGGGAUGAAGUGCUGCCACCCAGUGGACACUUUGAAGACUGGAAAACAACUUUUAUUAUGCUGCAAUGAAAAAUAUAAAGCAAACAACUGCACAAAAAACUCAUGAAGAUUUAAAAAAACAAAGGACAUUUCAUGUUUUUAACCCCACUGCAUUUUUAUCUGAACUCAACAUGGUUAUUUCAUAUGUGAAUCAACAGGCUUAAAAGCAAUAUAAUCUUUGGCCCAUCUAUGUUCAGCUUGUUCUCUAAAGUCCACUGAUCUACAUUAUGAGAACUGGUAUGCAGCUAAUUAGUACUACUGCUUUAAUGGAACAAAUUACAAGAACAUGCAAGUGUAUUCUCUGCAAUAUGUGAGUGAAGGAGUGCUGAGUGUGCUUAGGGCGUUGUGCAGAGACGCUGUCUCUGUGUGUGCAUGUAAAGUAUGUUAAAGUUGAUACUCUGGUAUUUUUACCUCCAGUGUGCAUGUCCAAAAAUUUCCCUGUCAAACUCAGAUUUUAACCUGCUGAUUAUUGCCUCCCAUGCACUGUAACAGUUACUUUUUUUUAAAAAACAAAAAACAAAAUUCAAAUGUACCAGUUUGUAGUGAAAUAACUGUACUGUAUAUCACUCAUUUUGUUUUUGUUCAUGUAUGA